AUACACACAUAAGGAUAUUUUAUAUUUUUGUCUAGUCUGUUACUCUCUUCACCUUCCCUUCCUUACAAAGUGGAUUGUUAUCCAAAACGAAAUGUCCAAUUUUCAGUUAACUCCACCGUAUCUAGGCUUUUGCAAUGGCGAUCUCUCUCCCCACAAACUAUCUCUCUCCACAUUUUGCCCCCGAAUCGUCUAAUUCCGUUUCAUCCUGGUCGAUGCUAUCUUUUCGUUCAUCCCUGCGCUUACCCUCUCAGAUUCGCCGCUUCGGAAUCCGCCACGAGAGGCGUAACUCGACGUCGUCGCCUCGCUACGCGUCCCUCACUGUUAGAGCAAAGAAGCAAACUUUCAACUCUUUUGAUGAUUUGCUGCAGAACUCUGACAAGCCUUUACUAGUAGACUUCUAUGCAACAUGGUGUGGUCCAUGCCAGCUUAUGGUACCUAUACUCAAUGAAGUGAGUGAAACUCUGAAAGAUAAGAUUGCAGUUGUGAAAAUCGAUACUGAGAAGUACCCAAGUCUUGCUAACAAAUACCAGAUUGAAGCAUUACCUACAUUCAUCUUGUUCAAAGACGGAAAACUCUGGGACCGUUUCGAGGGUGCGUUGCCAGCGAACCAACUCGUUCAACGGAUUGAGAAUUCUUUGCAAGUGAAGCAAUAGACAUGGUAAAGUAAACCAGAAAAAAACAAACUUGUCUUGGUCGGUACCUAUUCAUAUAUGACAUCAGCAACUUUAUUUGAGUGACAAAUUCCUCAUGAUAUCCGUCCAUCUCAACCGGACCAUGAUCUCAAAUGCCUUUUUAUCUGAAAACCGAGUUCACUAUAUCUCUUAUUAAUUUGUUAUCUCUUUCUAUGUAAAGACUAUUUUGCCACAGUUUAAUUUUAAUGGAAAAGAAAAACAAAAUAAAUAAGAAAUUGCCAUAAAGACAAAAAAAAAA